AUGUCGACAGUCAAUAUGGAGAAUCGAAGUACUCCGCUCGAAAAGGGAGGCAUGCCUUCUCGUCAGCCUAAUCGAUCCUUGUCACCUGUCGCCCAUGAGCGCAUCGCAACGGAACCCGAAUCUCCUGGCAAAAAUCCGGUGUGCAUGGGCAAAUUUGGCCUUCGUCGAUCGCAUUCGGUAGCCCAAAGCAAAAACAUACCUAGAGUUCACACGUCCGCCGUCAUGGGAGCCGCCAAUAUACUCCGCCGCGGGGAAAAGAGUAGCCAAUUGUUAGACCGAAGGCCACCGAGACGAGGUCGCAGCAAAGACCUUACAUCCGAGUCCAAAAAUACGCAAGGCGUCCGGGAGGGAAGGCAGUUUACCGUUGGGAACGUAGGUCAAAAUGGGAAGAUAUACCUAAGACCUGUUCCUAUCGCUAAUCAAGCCUUCCAUUCUCGCGCACACUCCCAAUCACCCUGCUUGGCUGACGACCAGAAAAAUCUGCAGUCAACCCCGCUAGUUGAAGAAGCUAGACAUAGUUUCUGGUCAAACUCACAAACGCCUGAUUUAUGGCCACUCUAUGCUCGAGGGAGCAGUAUGGAUUAUCAAGAUGGCGUUCCCAACGCAGAAUACUCUGCUCCGCGUUUGAAUAGACGCCAUUCGCUUUCUACACUCGGAGACGAAUUCCAUCCUUCUCCUUCCGAGCGCCGCGGAGAGCUGAGGAUUGUGAUUGAGCGACCUGAUAUGAAAGAGUUUAAAUCGCCUGGUAAAACCGAAAUUCCUUCGUUAGAAAUACCGAUUCCUCAUUAUAGACUUGGAGGUUUUAGAUUUACGCAAGGAGGGACGCCCAUGCUACGCAGCUCAGCGUACACUCGAACCUCAGUAUCGGAUAAUUUUCGGUCAUCCACAUUCAUGAAAACUGACAGAUCUGGAGUACCGCCCAUCCCUAGCGAGAUAGUGUCAACCGGCCCAUCUCUCUAUACUCCACCACUAUUUCCUUCGUCUCGUGCUUUUAGUGGAGUUAACACCUCUCCGGCACAGUCUAGUGUCUUCUACAAACUGAAGGAGCCUAUUGAGCCGUCUGCCUUUGACACCCUGUUGACUAUUAUGGAUGAUCCCUCGGUCGUGCGGUAUGCAAAAGGGACCAAACAAGUUACGGCUGCAACUCCUGCACGCAUUGUCGCCCAAAUUUCGUCAGAUUCUUUCAUGGACUACGAACUGGUAUCCGACUUCUUUUUGACAUUCCGUUCCUACCUCUCACACACGAAUCUGCUCUCAUUAUUAAUGGCAAGGCUUGAGUGGGCAAUUAACCGCUUGGAAGACGAUGGUAGGAUUAUUCGAAUUCGCGUCUUCGCUGCCCUGAGACAUUGGAUUUUGAACUAUUUUACCGACGAUUUUGUUCCAAAUCGUGAUCUACGGACUCAUUUCUGCGACAAACUUAACCAAAUGUAUGAGAACAUAAAACGUAUGAGCAAAAAUAGCAAAAGCGAUCUCAAAAUUCUAGUUGAUUUGAAGAAAUGCUGGAACGGUAGAUGCGCUCUGUACUGGGAAAGCCAGGAAUCAGCAGACGGAAAAGAUGCUGAUGACCCUAUCGUCCCUGGUGGCAUGGAGGGCAGCAACAAUGGAGAACUGAGUCCUCGAGAUUUAGGGGGGUAUGAACAUACCCUAGCGAUGCAUGCGCAGCCCGCUAUUUCAGCCCAGUUCUUGCCUGCAGCUUGGGAUUCCCGUGGACAUCAAAAAGCGCCCGAGCCAGUCGUUGAGGCGCAAACGUCGCCCAUAAGCCCCAGCACAAUCCACGCGACCUCAUGCUCGUUACCGCAAAUUAUUACGAAGCGAAACUCCUUCCAUGCUAACCAAGGCGAGUCACCGCAUCCCGUCCUUUUGGCUUCUCCGAAGCUUUCGUCCCCAGUUUCUCCUAGACAGUUCAAUUUUCCUUCCAUGCCCCCAAUUUGGCGGCGGCCAAUGCAUUCCCAUAAACGGAGUGGUAGUUUUUCGGAUUCAGUUCGUGAUGACCGGGCACCACUGCCACUCUCAAACUUCGACUCUCACGGACAGCCUCUGGGCCAGAUGUCGUCUCACAAUGAGAAUAUCAUCAGGGGGAACGUAUACGGACCUCCUGAGCCUCUUCUACUCCCUCUAGGCCCACCGUCCCCAAACUUCGAGGUCCCGCCAGUGGGAUUUGGGCAAUCAGAUCCAACAAACCGGUCAGACGGACCCAAACCUCCUGGACCUGGAAUGAAAAACUUUAUUGGAACGCUUCGGCGAGCGCUUCAGAACCGACCACCUGGGAAUCAUGGGAAUCCUCGUGGACUUAACUCCACAGAAUCACGGGGCAAAACGUCGCCUUUGCCUAGGAACGUUUCUUUCCGUCCCAAUGGCUAUAGGGUGAAAACAGGAAUGCAUUCAUGCUAUAACACGCGCGUCGAUCUCCUUUGCGAGGAAGCAUAUUCGUCUUAUCUGAAAGUCUUGAAGGAAGCAGAGUCUUCGGGCCCUUCAAUAAGCCAAACAACGGCUCUGUCUGACGUGGAAAAUGAGGGACGUACCUCUGCUGAUCUACACGAGAAGCCAGGCUAUCUCACGGCCCGACGACAUGACAGCAUACCUAGUCAACUAACGACCGGAAGCAAAUCCAUUGUUAUAGUGGAUGAUACACGUACAGGUGCACCAUUCAUGUCAGGUGGGCUACAUAUAUCAUUAUCCGCCCCAAAAUAUAUCCCUUCGCAGCUCCUUGAAGACCAUUCCCUACGACAUGACCAAGGUCCCAAGCCUUUGGCGCCCCUAACAACGACCCGUGAUACGCCAUUGGAUAGAGACUCAUUUGGGGACAUGUUUGAGCCCAUGUUUCAACAAUCAAAGCGACAAUCCGCGUUGUUUUACGGUACUGAUAGUGCUGGAGAUGACAAGCCGUUUCGUGGAUUGCGCAAGUAUGCGUCUCAUGAAAGUGUAAUGACGAAACAUAGUCGUGUUUUCGAGAUCGAUCUCAUGAACCGCUCUGAGCUUUCUCAUGCAUCUGAAUUGAAGCGUCGUGGCCCAAUGCUUCGUCGGCGACCGGGCGGGGACUUGCGUAAGAUGCAACAUGGCCUGGAACUAGAGGCUAAGGGCAAAGCAGUAUCCACUGACGACUUAACGGAGACAAGUUCAAUGGCUGGCUCCUUGCUGCAGAUGGCGGACGUAACCCGUUUUAACGAUGGUAUUGCGAAUUCAGGCCCCCGCCGUCAGCGCUACUCUCUAGAUGAACCGCGAAAUAUUCGACGUACUUUCGAGGCUACUGUAGCUGGCUUUGCAAAGAUUCCUGACGAUGAUGAUGGGGGUAUUGAGUCAACAUUGUUGAAGUUGGAAGGCAAAUGGGAGCCGCAGUUACCCAUUCAUCCAGCGGUACAUGUUAAGGAGAGAAAUAUGCUCAAAACAUCAGGCAUGUCGGCUACUGGAUCUGAUAAUUUACUGCGCAGGGUUUCAAGUACUUCGGGUAUACGAAUUAGCUCAUUCGCUGAGUCCGAAGAUUCCUACUGUUCAGUACCACUACUCGAACGUGGCUUGACUGACGAGUCGAUGAAGAGCCCCCGAGCAUACGAUAUGGUUUUAAAUACACAAUCACACCUGAGCGAUCAGGAGCCAAUAGCAUCAACGGAGACUGAAGGCUCUCUAUCGAUCGAAAUGGUAGAAAAGACGGACAGUAUGCAGCAGCUCCCCCUCCGAACGAAAUCCCUUGAAAAUCGAAAAGAGGGUCCGUACGACAACGAUCCUGAAAUGGAAGAUUAUGCGUCCGAACUUUCAUCAGAAAUUUCAAUAGAUAUCAUUGAUGGCGCUGAAGGAAAUAGUAUACCCAACCAAGAUGGACAAAUUGCCUCCCCAAUCAUGUCAUUCGCAACGCUAGGAGUCCCUACUCAUCCUCUCGCCGACCCCCCAUCUCCGCCAAUGACUUUAGGGAACCACGCGUUCAGGACGUCGGAUACCCACCCGCCGAACCUGCAAAGGCAGCCUCUGACCCCUGAAUUUUCUCCGACUGGCAUUGCUUCUAGGAGGAAUUCUGGGCGUGCUAAGCAUUUACGUUCUCAUACCGAUAGGCUGCGCCUCAAUUUGGAGGCUCAGCUUCCAUGUUCUCCAGCCGGGUCGUUCACAAGCGCCAGCCAUACGCCAUUUAUCCUCGCAUACGAUUCAGAGCUCCUUGCGCGGCAAUUUGCCAUUGUUGAACAAGCUGCCCUGAGCGAGGUGGAUUGGAAAGAUCUUGUUGAUAUGAAGUGGAGUCAUUCGUCACACACGACCCUUAAUUGGGUAAAUUAUCUAGCGGACCAGGAUCGCAAAGGCAUCGACAUGGUCGUGGCAAGGUUCAAUCUCAUGGUGAAAUGGGCACUUUCAGAAAUCGUCAUGACCACGAACCGGACAUUACGAGUGAAUACGAUUACCAAACUUAUCCAUGUGGCAGUCUACUCGCGGAGGGUUCGCAAUUAUGCUACCAUGCUGCAGAUCACCAUAGCACUUUGUUCUGUCGACUGUACGAGGCUCACUAAGACGUGGGAGCUCGUUCCGGACGGCGAAAAGCAGCUAUUGAAGGAAAUGGAACUCUUAAUUCAGCCCACUCGAAAUUUUCAUAAUCUGCGGUCUGAAAUGGAGACUUGCAAUUUACAAGAGGGCUGCAUACCAUUUGUCGGUUUAUAUGUCCAAGAUCUCACUUAUAAUUCCCAAAAGCCGGCGCAAAUCGCUAGUACCCGCGAUGGCGAACCGUUAGUGAACUUUGAGCGGUACCGGACUGCCGCAGCAAUUGUCAAAAGCCUCCUUCGGUUAAUAGACGCCAGCACUAAAUAUAAUUUCGAACCUAUUUAUGGCCUUGUCGAAAGAUGCCUUUGGAUUGCAUCUCUGACAGAUGACAAAAUCAUCGCCUUGAGCAAGGAACUCGAAUGA